CACGACGUUGCAAACGCACUUACUUCGCUACAAUUGCGUUCAACGCAACUGAUUAUUGCAUCAGUAUCAUCUACCAACAUCCUCAGUCGCUGCAGCAUCACACAUUUCCAGAGCCAUGCCUGGCCGGGCGGGCUCCGACGGGCCGACCGUCUCAUUGUCGUUCGCGAACAAUUUCUGGGGCAAGGAAGACGCCGGCGUCGACCCUCUCCUUCAGCGCAUGCACAAUGCCAAAGUCACCAGCGACGAAUUGAAGGCCUUCUACACCGCCCGAUCCGCCAUCGAAGAUGAAUACGCCAAAAAGCUGCUCAAUCUGGCGAGGAAGCCAUUGGGAUCCGUCGAGACGGGCACACUACGAAUGUCAUUGGAUGUGGUGCGAGGAGAGACUGAGUCCAUGGGAAAGGCACAUCAGCACAUUUCGCAGCAAAUGAAGGGAGAGCUCGAGGAACCACUCGUUGCAUUCAACGGAGGAAUCAAGGAGCGAAGGAAGAUCAUCCAGACCGGAAUCGAGAAGUUGCUGAAGACGAAGAAUCAGCAGACAGCACAGGUCAACAAGACGCGCGAUCGCUUUGAGCAGGACUGCCUCAAGAUCAAGGGCUACUUGGCUCAAGGCCACAUGGUGAUGGGCCAGGAAGAGCGCAAGAACAAGGCUAAGCUCGAGAAGACACAAGUCCAAAUGUCGACUAAUAGCACCGAGUACGAGCAGGCCGUCAAGAUUCUGGAAGAGACCACUGGCCGCUGGAAUCGCGAGUGGAAAGCAGCAUGCGACAAGUUCCAGGAUCUGGAGGAAGAGCGAUUGGAUUACUUCAAGAGCAGCUUGUGGUCAUUCGCCAACAUUACAUCGACCGUGUGCGUAAGCGAUGACCAAUCUUGUGAGAAGAUGCGCCUUUCCCUCGAGGACUGUGAAGUGGAGAAGGACAUUGUCAGCUUCAUCAAGGACUUUGGCACUGGUCAGGAAAUUCCAGAUCCGCCAAAGUACAUCAACUUUUGCCGAGGCGACCUGGACGAUGUGAUCUCGAAUCACGAUUCAGACGAUGGCAAUUAUGCCGUGGCUCAAUUCCAGCGCACGAUGAAUCCGACGUUCAGAUCAGCAUCACCACAACCAAGCACCUUCGAAUCACAUCACGAUCCAGAUUCGAGCUUGCGUGAGGAGAUGGGAAUUCCAAAAGCCCGCACCACUUCCGUUCAACUCGAUGAUUCUUUCACAGCGCAAGCACGAAGCUCGCAUGGCAGCGCAGCGGCAAUACCGCCACCACUCGCAUCCAGCAAUGUCUCAUCGGUGGCAUCGAACCCCUACGCAGACGCACCACAGAUUCCGCAUAACCCAUAUCCUACAGAUGGCAUGACUCAGUUCUGCCGACCUGGAAUGGGACCUCCUUCAGAGCGCAGCACAAUUCCAUCACCAAUGAGACCUGGAAGUCGCGAGAGCCAGGGUGACCACAGUGAUUACUCUGCACCAACGUCGUUCUCUAGCAUGGAACCACCCAGUGGUGCAGCAUCGCCGACCAAGGGCUAUAAUUACAACGGAUCCAACAUUUCCGGCGUGUCCAGUAUGUCUGGAGGCCCGCCAGAGGAAAAGUCCAUCCAGAAGAAGAAGAGCGGUUUCUUUAACAGUCCUUUCAAGCGAAGAGCCAGCACAAAACGCAAGGAUGAACCUCAAUCUGCAGCUCCUACGCCGACGAAUCGUAACACUUGGACUCCUGCGAACAUGCGCAAGACUGAGAGUGCGAACAGUAGCCCAACAAAGCCAUUCGGGCACAGCAGAACCAACACUUGGGCCAAUAAACAGCCCUCGGUCAGUCCCGACCCAGACGUCGACCCUCGCGCGGACUACCAGCUUGGCAUCGGAAACAACGUCUUCGAUGUAGCUCAUCCUAACAAGAAGCCACCGGCUAGGGGCGCUACGGAAGGCGACCAUGACCCAAUUGCACAAGCUCUGGCAGAACUGAAGGGUGUCACGAAACAAGCCUCUACAAGACAAUCAGCAGAUCGACACUAUGGUAUGUCCACUCCAGCACCUGGUACGGAGGCGGCAGAUCGUACUGUCCCUGCGCCUUUUGCCAGCAAAGGAGCUCGCGCAACGCCUCCACCAGGCUACACUCCCGCAAGCACACUCGGUGCUCCUCCGCCAGCUCAUACAAAGCGAGAGAUGCAAAAGACCGCGGAACAGUAUGGCACCCAGAAGCGUAACAUGUUCAACGCAGCUCCUCCGCGACCUGGUAGUAGCAUGGGUCAAACAGCACGUGCACCAUCUCCGGGUCCUAUACCGCGAAGUACAAGCCCUCGCCCAUUCCAUAACAAUGAUCAGCGAACACAGCAGCCAUACCGCGCCGCAUCACCAAACCCUUACGGGGCGCCUCGGGCAGCAUCGCCAAAUCCUUACGGCGGCCCGGCGCCUGCAGCAGCAAGGCCUCGAGCACAAUCGAAUAGCCCAGUCAAGUCCCAGUACGCUGGAAACUCAGGCCAAUUCUCAAGAGGCGGCUCUCCAGGCUACCAGGUUCCUCCUCGCGCUACAUCUCCAAACCCAGCAUACAGUCGACCCGGGACCAGCGCAGGGCGACCAGGUAGUAGCCGAAGCAAUGACCCGUACGGCGGUGGAGCCAUGGUUCUCGCUCCUGCCGGUCAAGACCCUGGCUAUGGCUCUCAACGUGGCGGCCGGCCUCAAAGCCAAUACUAUCCUGAUCAGAGCGGUGGAGCUAAUCAAGUUUCAUCUCGCGUUCGAAGUCAGAGUCAAGGCACGCAGAGACAAGUCACAAAGGAUGGAAGGCCGAUCAUGCAUUAUUCUCGAGCAAUGUACAUGUACCAAGCCGCCAUUCCCGAGGAGUUGUCCUUCGCCAAAGGAGAUAUUCUAGCCGUGACGAGACACCAGGACGACGGAUGGUGGGAGGCGGAAGUUAAUGGACGAUUGGGACUGGUCCCAAGUAAUUAUUUGAAGAACGUCUAGGAGCGAGACGAUAAUAUUGCACUGCAGCGGAUCAAGAGCAAAAGGGCUGGUGGUGGCGGCUGCGGGGGUGGUGCUGGGCCUAGCAACUGGAAGAAAGAGAACAUUCGACCUGGGACAAGCCGGGAAUCGCCUCGGGAAGAGAGGUGGAGAGGUGAUGAUUAUGAGGUUGGAAUGCUUUUGUGAUGACUUUGGAACGUUUUGCUGGGAAAUGCUUUCUUUUCUGGCUGGAUGGAUGAUUGAUGCGUGUGUUUCUGUCUUCUUCGUUUUUGGGCGUCGGGAGACGCUUACAGUGUGUGUGUACACAGACAGCUUCGGUCGCUCGCUUUGUUGUACGUACAGAGAUGAUUGAUUCCGCUAGUGCGAUGUUUGGGAAGGGAGAGGGAAUAUACGAAUGUACAGCGAAAGGG